UGUUCCGUUUACAAUGAAUCACAAUGGAGACUAAAUAGGAGCCCGCACGAAUUCAGGCUUUAAAUUAUUUAUAACAAAGUUUGAUUUUUACUAAUAGCAUCGAAAACCUUUAGUUCAUAUUUUCACACGUAUCUCUAGGCAGGAAAACAAGUUGCAGACAGAUCCCGAAGUGUUUCUACAAGUGUUUUGAACAAGGAAAUGAUCUCAGGCUAACGUUAUGUAGCAAGCUAAUCUCACUUAUCCAUUGGUAAACUCUGCUAUCUCUCGUCUCAGACUGUUAUAAAUCCGGCACUAAGGCAUGACCGAGUACAAGCUUGUGGUAGUGGGGGCAGGAGGUGUGGGGAAGAGCGCUCUCACCAUCCAGCUCAUCCAGAACCACUUCGUUGAUGAAUAUGAUCCAACCAUCGAGGACUCGUACAGAAAACAGGUGGUGAUUGACGGAGAGACGUGUCUGUUGGACAUCCUGGACACUGCAGGUCAGGAGGAGUACAGCGCCAUGAGGGACCAGUAUAUGAGGACAGGAGAGGGCUUCCUCUGUGUGUUUGCCAUCAACAACACCAAGUCCUUUGAGGAUGUUCACCUUUACAGAGAGCAGAUCAACAGGGUGAAAGACAGCGACAGCGUUCCCAUGGUACUGGUGGGGAAUAAGAGCGACCUGAGUACCCGCACUGUGGAGACGCGACAGGCGCAGGAGCUGGCAAGAAGCUACGGCGUGCCAUUUGUCGAGACAUCUGCCAAGACCAGACAGGGUGUAGAAGAGGCUUUCUAUUCGCUGGUACGGGAGAUUAGAAGAUAUAAGGAGACCAACCGCAGCAACAAGAAGAGCAAGAAGAACACUCAGAGACGCUGCAUAAUACUAUAGCAAACCACACACACACACGGCACUGGCAUCCCUUACGGCACUUGUUUCAUGCUCCCUCUCACACACUGCACCUCCUGUCACUUUGGAGACGUCCAGCACAGAUCCAGACAGAGAAGCAGCCGCGGCAAAAUCCAUUUUUACUGCUGUCAAAGUUUCCACUAACAGUAUGUUGCUAGAAGAUUUGCCAUUUAUUCAUUCAAUGUGCAGUGUUCACUUAACGCUGUGAAUUCAGUUGGUUUAUUGUUUUUAUGACCAAACAUCUAGAAACUACAGUUUAAGUUGGAUGUUUUGGUUUUUUUUUGGUUAAGGAAGAAAUUAAUUUGAGUCUGUGGUAGAAAGAUCUUUUUUUUUUCCAAGAAUCCAUGAGAAGUUGUCCGUACAGAUAACUUUUUCUAAUCUUAGUAAUUAAUAGUCCGGCCAGUGUUUUCAGCACCUCUUAACUUAGGGGUCAAAGGCUCACAGUAACGAGCUGUUCAAUGUACACUUCAUGAGAAAACAGUAUCCAAGUGACUUUGAUACUGUUUUCCUGUUUUGCCUCCAGUCAGAUGUUUUUCUUCUUCCCCUUCUGUUUUUUUUCAUAGGUUGGCAUGUCCUCUGGUCCUUGAAACAAUAGAUAGUUGGGUUUUUUUCCCUCCCUAUCUUAGACCUGGCGCAGGGCGAACCGCAAGUGUCUUCACAAGUUUCAGACUGAGGCAGUUGUCAUUUUCCCGUCCAGUGCCCGCAUUGUUUAAAUAGCAAAUACACUUACGCUCAUCUCAGCGUCCAUGCGCAUUUGAUGCGGUCAGGCGCAUCGUUGGCGCAUUGCUUUCUUAAGGUAGCGUAAAGCGCAAUUGACCAACAAAAAACUGGUCUGAAGUCAGUGAAGUAUUUUACUGUUAUUUUAAGGGCGCAUCAUAUGUGCCUAGAUAGGCAAGUGUACAACACACAGCAGCUGCCUGUUACACACAAACUGUUCACUUCAGAUGUUUGGCUAUGUCAGGUGGAACACAAUACAGCCUCAGAAGGACGGAGCAUGCCUUGUGGCAUAUUUUGCCAUGUGUUAUGGAUGCCUCUUGGACAUAAAUAAGGCUCUGCAGAGAAGCGUUCUGUCUUACUACCUGGUAAAUCCACCAGUGUUUCCCAUUCAUCACCUAGACCUAAUUUGUCCCACCACAGGUUCAUAAUGGACCAAAAAUGUAUUUACACUUCUUAUAAUAUAACAUAAAAGAUGUCUAACUUUGCGAUUUGUGCCAUUGCUUCUUUGUAGCGCCGUGCACAAUGCAUUGAUUAGCUUAGCCCUUCCUUUCCCAAGUGUGCUGGGAGCAUGUGCUGGGAAUGGGCUCACUGGUCAGUCACCACAAAUGGACUUCAAUUCUGUGUGAAAAACUGCGCCAUUAUAAUAGCAAUGUGUCAAGGUGCAAGCACACCUGGCUUUUAAAGGGAAUGGUAGAUUCUGAUUUAGUUUAAGUACAAGCCUUUUGAAUCAUGCGACUGGCACAGCGACUGUUUUUUCGGCUGUUGAAAUAGUGGAAGUGGAUAUGGACACGCCCUAAAUGCACUUGAGCCAUGCACUUCAGACCUUGUGCUUUCGAUUGAAUGUUCAGGAAAUGCUGUAGUAGGAUAGCAUCACCACGGUAACAAAAGCCUCAAAAUUGUGUUCCAGACUCCUAGGUGCACUUUAUUCAUUUCCUGUCAUGUGUUUAUUUUUGUAGAAAUUUGAAUUAGUGGUAGCGCCAUUUCAAAGGUUUACUCAGGAAUAUGGUGUUUUAUCAGGAACUGAGGAAUAACAGACUGAGCGCUGUGUCAAAUGAUUGGUUGAAAUCUGAUGCCUGUUUCCAUAUUUUACACCAUUAACUUAUCAUUUGAAGUGUCGGCCCUGCUGUUUGCUCCACACAGUCACGCUGUAUUCCAAAGUCCACUUUUUAAAGCAAUUAUUAUGUCAGUCCAAGUGUUGUUGGUGGUUCAAAUUGUAAGUCACUGUGUCAAAACACAGAUGAUGCUACACCACACUCUACCAGAGAAUGUAGUGUGUGCAAAUAUUCAUGUGGUAAUACAUGAAACCACUGAAAGCAGUGUUUAACUUAGUCUCACAGCAACAGUCACGGUAUCUGAUCAUAAGCAUAUUCAGUAGCGCAACCGUUUUUUUAUAGCAGUGUUUGUCUUCUUUGAUAACUACCCAUCACUAGUAAAUGUAAUGGAUGGUUGAAUUUCUAUUUUUGUAUCAUUACAAACAGUUUUCCCUAUUAAAAAAAAAAAACCCAGCAUCUGCAUUAACUAACUGCUGUCCACAUAGUUACUAAAAUGAUAUCAAAGUUCAGUGAGCUAACCUCAACUGAGUUGUAUUCUGCUAACAGAAGUGAAUCCAUCCAUGACGGAUUCCUAAUUUUCUUUGGUUCAUUGGUAUAAAACCAGCAGGCUGUUAUCAUUUGGACUCAAUGUAAUUCCAUUGUGAAAAUAUGGAGUAACUGAUUUGAUCUGAAGAAGCCACUGACAGUUAUAUGAAAUCUGUAAUGCACUCUGGUAUAAUGAACAAGUAAAUGUCUGUAGCUUUUA